GCAUCUUGUGUCUUCCUACCAUCGCUAGGGGCAUAUUUAAGCAGGUUGCUGCUUUGAUGAACACAAUGUCGUUGCGUAAGCAGCUGAACACGAAACAUCAGGAACAGAAUGUGCUUGGCUGCUCAUAGCAUGAAGGCUUCAGGCAGCAGGAACAUACGAACAGAGUGCAACAUUGGCAGCGGAACUCCGCUGUGUAGAUGAGUAAACAUUGUUCGCAUUGCUCGUACAGGCACUCCGCACCAAUCAUACGCUCUAACUGCUGAGCAUAGCGCGAGGUGCUUACCAAGUACGCGACUUGGCGGCGGCGUGUGAUUAGUAUGUUCAACUCACCUUAGUAAGACUACCAAGUGUGAGCGAGCGGGCUCCCACAUUUGUUGGUAUUGUUUCCGAGAUUUGUUAAUGAUCCAGGCAUCUCAGAAGUCUAUAUGUGCUCUUGCACGUCGAUGUGGCACCCAAGCAAUUCGACUGUCAUAGUGUUCACUGUGAAUUUGAGAGUGAAGAGAACUGGACCAAGUCGUAAGUAUGUAUGGUCCAGCUGGCGUAGUGGGAAUGUGUACUACUACUGCAAAGUUCUGACCACGGAAAGAGAGCAAAGAUACCCGAUUUCAAGUAGACACUUACCACCGGCGCGUGGCUGUGUAUUGUCCCUUUUGUACAUUCCGUGGUCGACGGAGUCACAGAGGGAACGCCUAAGGCUCGAAGGAGCAGGUACUGGGUCAACAGAUGCAUGUGCUGGAUCGAGCUUCACCCUUACAGUUCAUGCAGGGCAGCUGCAGACACAACGUCUAAAGAAGGUUGCCGCCAGUACAUGUACGACCUUCUUGGCCGAUUCAGUCGUGAUCGUUGUGUGGAGGAGGUGCUGUCAGGCCCUCAUUUGCUGUGGGGCUCACACGCGGCCAUGCACGCUAGUGAGCAUCUGAUAAAAAUUCUGCAGCGGGAUCUGAUAACCCAG